AAAUAAUUAAUGGAAGCAAAAAAAAUCAUUGGUUUAGGAAGCCCAUUGUUAGAUAUUUAAGCAGAAGUACCAGGAGAAUUCUUAGAGAAGUAUGGAUUGACACUUAAUAACACAUAUUUUGCAGAAGAGAAACAUUUACCUUUAUAUGAGGAAUUAAUUAAUAUUCCAACUCAUUCUCAUGUUCCAGGAGGUAAAAAAUUAAAUAUAAUUUUAGGAUCUGCUCUUAAUACAAUAAGAUUGGCAAGAUGGAUGGCUUAGGCAGGAUAGGAUCAAGUCAAAUUUAUUGGUUGUGUUGGAAAGAAAGACAAGUUUGCUAAUAUGUUAAUUGAGGUGACAAAUAAAGAUGGAGUGACAACUUUAUUUGAUGAAUAAGAUUAACCUACAGGUAAAUGUGGAGUGUUACUAUGCAAUAAGGAUAGGUAUUUAUGAUAUUAAUCUUACUUUUAGAUGUUUGGUUCCAUUAAUUGGUGCUGCAGCUCAUUUGUCUGAUGAAUAUGUUGACUAACAUAUUGAUGAUAUUAAAACAGCAACAGUAUUAUUUAGUGAAGUUUAUUUCUUAUAUCCAAGAGCAGAACUCACAAAGAGGAUAUAUAAAAUAGCAUCAGAAAGUGGAGUAAACACUUGUUUGACUCUAUCAAGUGUAAAUGCAGUAAGUGAUAAAUUCAAUGACAUAUUGGCUGUAUUGCCAUAUGUUGAUUAUUUAUUUGGUAAUGAAGAGGAAGUUGAACAAUUUGCUAAGAAUUUGAAAUUGGAAGGAGAUCUUCCAUAAGUUAUGUAGUAAAUUGCUGGAUAUGAAAAACUUGGAUAAAGAGAAAGAGUUGUAGUAUGUACUUAAGGUAAAAAACCAACUUUGAUUGCAAAGAAAAAUGAAGUAAUUACAGUUGAAGUUUAGUUGGUUGAUGUUUCAAAGAUUGUAGAUACGAAUAGUGCAGGAGAUUCAUUUUGUGGAGGGUAUUAAAUUAAUUUCAAAUUAUUUAGAUUCAUUGCUGAAUUGUUGAAUGGUCCAGAUCUUGUUAAAUGUGCAAAAGCUGGAAAUUAUUCAGCAUCAUAAACAAUUUAACAUGAAGGAAGCACAAUUCCUAAAUAUGUACCAGAGAAGACUUGGUGAGAAGAU